AUGUAACCAAAGAGAGCCAUAUUUAAUCGAUCUGAUUUAGAAUGUGGCUUCCCUAGACAUGAUUUCAAAUUGCAAGGCCUUCAAUGUUCUUUAUACAAAUGCAAUAAAACCACAUAAUUGUGUGUUUUGUAUUUACAUGGAUAUAAUGGGUCAAGACUAGAGGCUGUACCUUACACUGUGGCUAUACUAGAAUCUGCUAUGGAUUUAUGCACUUUCGAUUUUCAAGCAGCUGGAGAAUCAGAGGGAGACUUUGUAACUUUUGGAUUAAACGAACAACUCAAUGUAGUUUUGUUAGUCGACUUUUUAUUGGGGAAAUACUCAAACAUCAUUUUAUGGGGAAGAUCAAUGGGAGCUACCACUGCAUUGAUGUAUGCUCUAAAGCAUCAAAAAACAAGUUGUAUGAUUUUGGACAGUCCUUUCAUUGCACUUGAAGAAGUAAUUCUCAAUCUCAUUAAAGAUAAAUUAGGUACACCUGAUUUGAUUAAUAUGGGAUUGUUAGAAAUUCUCAAAAGACAGAUCUAACAGUUAUACAAGUUUUCCAUCUCUUCAGUCAAACUACCUGAAAGUUUGAAUAUUAACUGUCCCAUGUUAUUGUUGGGAUCAAAAUUCGACACUCUUAUUCCAUAUCGUCAUUUUACUAAAACUCUAGAAUCAUAUCACGGACAAAAAUAAAUGAUUCAUCUAUAUAAUAAUCAUAAUGAAAUAAGAUCAUAAAAUAUCAUUAGUACAGUAAUAGGAUUCAUUUAAUCAACAAUUCAACCAAUUAAUCAUAAUCCCAUUAAUCGGUUUUCUGGAGAUAUGCAAUCCCAUUAAUACAUAGCUACUGGAAUAAAAAUUAAAUAAAAAGUAAUGAAAAAUCAAUCUAAUGCAAAUUAAAACAAAAACUCUGCUAUUUUACAAAAACAUAAGGCAUUGCUUCAAUUAUCUAAUAUAGAUUGA